AGACACUUGAAAGCGUCUAAAAUAGAAAUAUUAUGUUUAAACUUCAUUAAUUUGAACAAGAAGGUAAUAUACGUCAUCACUAAAGCAUGGCAUGUAUGUAUCUUUACUUUAUCACUCCAUUAACCUCAAUAUGUAUAUAUUAAUAUCAAGCAAAAGCACGCGGUCGAUAGUGUGGAUAGUGUAUACAUGUUGUUUGUUUACAUGCAAAAAACACGCUGGACUAAGUCAUAAAAAAGUGAAAUAGAAAAAAAUAACAUUAAAUAGUAAAGUCUACGAUUUAAUAAGUGCUUAUCAUUAUAACAACAAAUGGAAAAGAAAAACGUGUUGAUAGUGUACGCGCACCAAGAACCAAAGUCAUUUAACGGCGCUCUGAGAGACGUUGCAGUGUCUGCGCUGGAGGAAGAUGGACAUGACGUGUAUGUCUCUGAUCUGUACGCCAUGAAGUUUGACCCGGUGGCUUCAAAAAACAUGUUUAUAGACUUGAAGGACCCCAAAUAUUUCAAUUUUCAAAAAGAACUAAGUCACGCAGCAGAAACUGGGCAACUUGCAGACGAUUUAGAUAUGGAAAUGAAGAAAAUGUUGCAAGCAGAUUUGAUCAUUCUUCAGUUUCCGAUGUACUGGCUGGGAUUACCAGCAAUAUUGAAAGGUUGGAUAGAAAAGUGCUUUGCGGAACGGGUCGUUUUUGACACAACGAAAAUGAAAUGGUUUGAUAAUGGGCCGUUUGUCAACAAGAAACUUGUCAUGUCUUUUACAACUGGUGGUUCUGCGUCAUACUUUUCCAACACUGGCGUGUUUGGAGAUAUGGACGUACUUCUCUGGCCAAUUCACAAUUCUCUACGCCUGACAGGACUUCAAGUGUUAACCCCUCAAAUAUUCUACGCCCCAGGUGAGAUCGCUAGUGAUGACAGGAAACGGAUGCUUGAUAGCUGGAGAGAACGGUUGCGAGAUAUUUGGAAAGAGGAUCCAUUACCAUUUAUUCAUAUUGACAACUUUGAUCCACAUUUGGGUUUUAAACUAUCAGAAAAAUAUGUAGAAGAGCAAAAGAUGAUAAACUUGGACCAACAGCUGGUCAGAAUAUGGGGAAAGAUUUCAAUCAUAUGAAAACAAAAUGAGAUGACUUUAACAGGACUUAUUCACACUUGUGAUAAAUGUCACUUCUGC